AUAAGACAUGUGUAAAGUGUAAUACACGUGAUAACUAUAACAAUCAUUAAAUUGUCACUCAAUUGAUCCCAUUGUGUAGUCGUUGCCCUAAAUGGUGCGGUAAUGACGGGUCAAUCGGAGUCAGAGUCGGAAUCACUGGAAGUGAAUGUUUUGGUGACAAAUGAGACGAAGAGUUGUGUGAAGAGAAUUCGGGAUCAAUUCGUGUGCUCUUAUGAUGACUGCAACGCUGUCUUCAAUCGACUCUAUCGUCUCAAUAGACACUUAAGACGACAUUCAGGAGAGAGACCAUUUGUUUGUCCAAUAAGUGGUUGUUUUCGUGCCUUUAGUUGUAAAUCAUAUCUCACUAAACAUCUUAAAAGACCGCACAAUACGGACAAUGCGGACAAAGCGGGAGAAGAAUUGGUCCAAUCGAGUGACGCCAAAGUGAAGAAGUGUUACAAACAAUACGUCUGCAAAGAUUGCGACAAAGUAUUCAAAACCAAAUUUCAAUUCAAAAUGCAUUGUUUCCAACACUCAGGAGUGAAGCCCUUUGAGUGCGACAAAUGUGACCAACGGUUUGUCACUAAAGCCAAACUCAAGAGUCAUCUGAAGACACACGACGGCUAUGCGUGCGCUCGAGAGGGAUGUGAUUACAAGACAUUCAAAUGGAGUGAAUUGCGUAAACAUAUCGCAGUCUUUCAUAGAGUUUACCUUAAAUGCGAUUCUUGUGAUAAAGUCUUUAAGAAUUCAUUUAAUCUUCAUUUACACCAAAAGACUAUCCAUUUGAGUGAAAACCACAAAAUUGUCUGCACUUAUGCUAAUUGUGGCAAAUCAUACUCUAAUGAAUCCAAUCUUAAGACUCAUAUUAGAACCACACAUGAGAAGCAACUCUUUGAAUGCACUCAAGAAGGAUGUGAUAAGACUUUUCUUCACAAGAAGUCAUUGGCAAAGCAUUUGGAGACUCAUUCAAA